CUUGCCAAGGCUUGUAUCCAGCCCUGGGCUCCCAGACGGAAGACCCUAGAAGCUCCGGUCCACCGCCGCGCCGCCGCCCCCAUGGCUCCGCGCUCGCUCCCAGAGCUGACCCUGCUGACCCUGCUGCUCCUGCCAAUGCUGCUCCUGACAAAUCCCGCUGAAGCUGAGGAGGAGCGGACAAAGGUGUUGAGCAGGGCGAGAAGAGAAUGGAUCCUUCCUCCAACCAAGUUGAUGGAGAACACCGACUACAGCCACCUGAACUUCAUUGCCAAGAUUCGCUCCGAUAAAGAUGACCUAGACCCGGUGGAGUACUACCUCACUGGACCAGGAGCUGACAGAGAACCCUACAACCUUUUUAGGGUGGAUCAUAACACCGGACUUGUGCGCAUCAAUGGCCUUCUGGACCGAGAAAUAUGCUCCGUCUAUGAGCUGAAAGGCAUUGCCAGGUUCUUGAAUGGGACCUUGGCAGAGGAGGACAUUCCUAUGGACAUCAUUGUCCUGGACCAGAACGACAAUGCCCCUUACUUCAAGGGACAGAGCGGGGACGUCGCAGAGCACAGCAAAAAAGGAACCUUCGUCAUGCAGAUCAAGGGUGAAGAUGAUGAUGAAGCUGGAACAAUAAAUGCAGAGAUUUUCUACAGAAUCAUCAGUCAGGAGCCAGAAGGCAGCGGACACAUGUUCAGCAUAGACGCAAAAACAGGAAAACUGUUUGUGGAAGAGCCCACCCUGGACCGAGAGAUAAAUGAUUUAUACAAACUGGUGGUAAUGGGAACUGAUAUGGGAGGAGAACCAGGGGGUCUAACAGGGACAGGGACUGUGGAGAUAAAUGUCCUGGACAUCAACGACAACAUCCCCACUCUGGAAAAAUCUGAGUACAGUGGCUCAGUGGAUGAAAAUGUUGCUGAUGUUGUUGUGAUGAGGAUCAAAGCUCUGGACAAAGACCUUGAACACACAGACAACUGGCUGACUGUCUUUGAAAUUGCCAAAGGAAAUGAGGACAAUCUGUUCUCCAUUGAGACGGACAAAGAAACCAACGAGGGCAUCCUGAAGCUGAUCAAGCCAAUAAAUUUUGAGGACAUACAAAACCUGCAGCUUGGCCUGCUCAUUGCGAAUGUGGCUCCUUUUGUAGAGGGGGGUCCUCUACUGAUGGAUUUUGAAUUUCAGGGUGGUGCUGGUCCUGGUGCUGGUCCUGGUGCUGGAGCUGGAGCUGGAGCUGGUGCUGGAGUAGAUGUGGAUGUGGGGGUAGACGUGGGAGUAGAUGUGGAUGUGGGGGUAAACGUGGGAGUAGAUGUGGAUGUGGGGGUAAACGUGGGAGUAGAUGUGGAUGUGGGGGUAGACGUGGGAGUAGAUGUAGACGUGGACAUGGAUGCUGGGGUCGAUGUGGGGCUUAGACCUCAAGGAGGAUCUGGUCCUGGAGUUGGGGUUAAUCCUGGUGGUGGGCCUACUGGUGCUGGAGCUGGUGGUGGAGGCGGAGUUGGACCUGGUGGUGGACCAGGUGCUGGACCUGGAGUUGGACCUGGAGUUGGACCUGGAGUGGGUGUUGGACUUAACCCAGGCGGCAAACCAAGACCAGGAAAAAAGCGGAAACCCAAAAAACCAACAAAAAGCUAUCCUAUUAGUAUAACAGUGAAUAAUCUUCCAGAAGCUCCAGCAUUCCUUCCCAGCACCAAGAACAUUCCUGUGUCUGAGGACCCAGAUGAGUUACCAGAAAAUGGCACCCUCACUGUGUUUGCUGCUACUGAUCCAGAUACAGGAAAACCAGCGGAAGAUGUCAGUUAUGUCAAAGCCUAUGAUCCAGACAACUGGUUCACGAUUGACGAAGAGACAGCCGAGAUUAAACUCAACAAGCCACCGGACAGAGAGUCUCCCUUCUUGGUGAACGGCACCUACGUGGCCAAAAUCCUGGUCAUGACCAAAGACAUGCCAUCAAAGACGGCCACGGGGACAAUGGCCAUCCAAGUAGCCGACUCCAACGACCACUGUCCUACUUUGACCACCACACACACCACCCUGUGCUCAGAUAAAAAAACCAUCUACGUCACUGCUUUUGAUGAAGACUUCAUUCCCAACGCAGCUCCGUUCACAUUCACAAUCAUACCUGAUGGUACAAAAGGGACCUGGGUUGAAGAACCUCUCAAUGAAACAACGGUAGCGCUUCAUUCUCAGGAGGAGCUGUGGCCUGGUACAUAUGAGCUCCAGAUAGAGGUGAUGGAUGCUCAGGGCCUGGCCUGUCCAGCCAAUGAAGUUUUUACUGUGGACGUGUGCACCUGUGAGGGAGGAGAGGACUGCAGUGUGAAGGCAGACAAACUAGAAACCACGGCCUCUAAGGUCUCUGGAGGACUCAUCGGCCUGAUCUUAGCAGCAUUCUGCUUACUGCUGUUCGUCCCUCUUCUCCUGCUGUUCUGUCAGUGUGGAGGAGCAAAUGCAGUUUUCGCUGACCAGUUCACUGAUCUGCCAUUUGACACCAAAGAAUAUCUGAUAUCCUAUCACACUGAAGGACUAGGAGAGGACCAGGAAGUGCCUCUCCAAAGUGUUCCUGUUCUACAAAGCAUCAAGCAAAAAACUGAUUUUAAGGCCAUCUCCUCAGCUACUGCAGGAAACUUUAUGACACAGGGCUACAACAACAUGUUUCACGGCACCGGCCAAAUAUUGAUGGAGGCUGAUGGUAUGUACGAGUUUUACAACCACAGCGGCGGCGCUGCUACAUUUAGCAGACAAAUGCAUGGCAAAGAAGAUUUGUACGAGGAUAUUGCCCUUCCUGAUUCUUUCCUCGCAGACUACUACUCACAGAAAUCAGUGUUCGCUGUGACAGGGAAAGACGGUCUGUUGGAGUAUGAUUUUGAAGGCCAGGGCUCCUCUGCUGGCUCAGUGGGCUGUUGCAGCCUCCUGGAGUCUGACCAUGAUCUGGACUUCCUCAAUGACCUUGGAGAAAAGUUCAUGACUCUGGCUGAGAUCUGUUCCCCUCCAACACCAACACCCAAACCCUCCCAGACAUUUAAAACAACAGGUGCUGUCAAAACCACAGUGAAUGCUGUUAAACCUGUUUCAAAGACCAGGGUUGAGCAGGUGCUUGGAGCAAAGCAUUCUGUAGUAAAGACAGAGAAAGUCAUAUCAUCCUCUAACAUCUCUAAAUCAUCUCUCAACACAGUGAGCAAAAGCUCAUCCUCCAUGACACUUCCUCGCUCCAGUGUCACUAACAUCUCUAAAUCAUCUCUCAACACAGUGAGCAACGGCUCAUCUUCCAUGACACUUCCUCGCUCCAGUGUUACUAACAUCUCUAAAUCAUCUCUCAACACAGUGAGCAACAGCUCAUCCUCCAUGACCCUUCCUCGCUCCAGUGUCACUAACAUCGGUCAUUCCUCUAACAUUGUUCAUUCUGCUAACCUGUGUUAUGCUCCUCAGACGGUCGUACUGCAACAGCAGCCAGUUUACUACACCACCACCCCUGUACUGCAGCCCAUGUCCUAUGUUGUCUCCCAAGGAACCAGUCUUCCUGGGAUGUUUCUAGUCAAUGGUCCCCAGGUUCCAUCUGAUCUUGUAAUCAGUGGAACCCAGAACCCUCUUCCAGGGCUUGUUGUCCAGAAUGCAGAGGGCUCUAGAAGUGUUAAUAUUUCGGCUGGACCCAUGAGUCCAGUCUCUCCGACUGUGUUUUCAGGGCUUGUUGUCCAGAAUGCAGAGGGUUCAGCAACUCUUAAUAGUUCUGCUGGACCCAUGCGUCCAGUCUCUCCGACUGUGUUUUCAGGGCUUGUUGUCCAGAAUGCAGAGAGUUCUACAACUCUUAAUAGUUCUGCUGGGCCCAUGAGUCCAGUCUCUCCGACUGUGUUUUCAGGGCUUGUUAUCCAGAAUGCAGAGGGUUCUACAACUCUUAAUAGUUCUGCUGGGCCCAUGAGUCCAGUCACUCCGACUGUGUUGCUGCCUGAUAAUCCAGCAGUGAUCCAGGGUUCAGUAGCCAUGGAAGGCUGGACAAUAAUGGAGCCAAAUCUCAUGGGUAAUUACAUGCUACUCGAGGAGAGUUUUCAAAAUGAAAUGGAGGUGCUGGACCCGGGCUCAUCUCUGGACAUUUUGCCCAGAGACGCUAUUCUGGAAAAAGAUACUAGUUCCUCUUAGAGGGUUUUUUACGCAGACCAAGGAGCUUUUUGUGGUACAGUAGCACGGCCAGUGAUGUUGGUAAAAAACAGGGUACUCAGAUACGGGUAAUGUGGUUAUAACCAUUACCAUUUUUUAUUUAUUAUUAUUAAUAAUAAUACUAAUAUUAAUAACAAUAAUAAUAACAAUAAUCUGUGGCAGCAGACGCGUGAAGAAAGACGGGAUGCAGUUGGUAAUCUAGUAUAGGUACAGUUGGGGCCGAUCAAGUCAGCAUGAUAGAUUUAUAGACAGGCAUCUAUUGAAAUAACAUUUAGUGAAUAAUUUUACAUGAGGUGGGGUUGUGUGAGUGACAGUGUCCUAUUUUGGGUAGACAGCAGUCACAGCACUCUCAGUUUGAAGGAUAAUAAUAAUAAUAACGUACUUUAUAUUUGCGAUGACUUCUUUGAGAUAUGAUGGGGCGUUGCUGUGGAUGCACUGAUGAGUUAGAAGGCAGACCUUGUGUUCAAUCCUGGAGGAGAUGGGGAGCCAGUGUAAAGUGUGGAGUACGGGUGUAAUGUGAUCAUAUUUCCGCACUCUCAACAGGACCCUAGCAGCACAGUUCUGAAUAUGCUGGAGCUUCUUGAUGCUCUUGCUAGGGGUCCUGAUGAGAAGUGCAUUGCAGUAGUCCAGCCUUGAGGAGACAAAAGCGUGGACAAGUUUUUUGGCAUCAGGGAGGGAGAGUGUGGGACGGAGUCUGGCUAUAUUUUGGAGGUGGAAGAAUGAGGUUUUGCAAAGGUUUUAGAUGUGGGGGUCAAUGGUCAGGUAGGGGUCCAUUUUGACAGCUAGGUUGGUGGGUGGGAGAGUGGGAGGUUCUGGCCAGAAAAGUGAUGCUGGUUAUUGGGGAUGAAUUUACCAAGUGUGGGGUGCCGAUCAGAAUGGCUGCAGGAAAUUGUGAGCCAUCCAUGCCUUUAUCUCCGCAAGGCAGGUGGUUUAGGUGGAUACUGAUGGUGCUGACGGGGGUCGGAGGGAAGUGGGAGGUCGGAAAUACAGUUGUGUGUCAUCAGCGUAGCAAUGGAAUGAUAUCCCAUGCCGGCUGAUGACACGACCCAGGGGAAGUAUGUAAAGUUUAAAGAGGAUGGGGCCGAGGACGGAACCUUGGGGGACACCACAUGUGACAGACUGUUCGUGAGUAAACCCCUCCUAAGGAGACACGUUCAGUCCAGGAACCGUGUGUAACAUGGCAUCUAACGUGAGACGGAUAUACAUAAUCAUGUUCAGAUUACUUUUAUGUUUGUGAUUG